AUGACCUCUUCUUCCGAGAAAACCUUCCUCUUGGAUGGUUUAAUUUCCAUCGAAUACAACACAACCGAUCAUUAUGCCAUCAUCUCAUUUUGUAGUAAGCCUGUAAAUUCUUUGACUCAACCCAUGAUGCAAGGUAUCAUUGAUGCUAUUGAGUUGGUGGAGAAAAAUAAGGCCAUGAAUGCAAUUAUAUUCACCUCGGGUGUUCCUAAAAUAUUCACAGCAGGUUUGGAUCUCAAAUCCAUGUACCAAGUUCCUAAAGUCAAGUUUGAGGAGUUUUGGUCGACUUUGCAAAAAUUCUUCUUGAAAGUUUAUAUUUGCCCAUUAUUCACUAUUUCAUUGAUUAAUGGACAAUGUUUUGCAGGUGGAUGCUUGUUUAGUUUGGCAUGUGAUUAUCGAAUUAUUCAUAAUGAUUAUUCGAUUGGUUUGAAUGAAACAAAAUUUGGUUUGGUUCCACCAAAUUGGUUUUGUGAUGCCUACGAAACAGUGAUUGGAAAACGUCAAUGUGAAAUGCAUAUUCAAUUGGGAACGUUGCAUACUGCUCAGGAAGCACUCAAAAUUGGACUUGUCGAUGAAGUUCACACAGACUUGGAGAUUAUGAAAAAUUCUGCUAUUAAUCAAGUGAAAAAGUGGAAUAAGGUUCACCAAGUGGCAAGACGUGCAUCCAAGUAUGUGCUUAGAAAACCCCUUUACGAUAAGAUGACAGAAAUUUCCAAAUCUGAUAUUGAGUUUGCAUCAAAUUGGGUUGGAUCUCCUGAAGUACAAAAAGCACUUGGAACAUAUUUGCAAAGUUUACAAAGAAAACCUGAGAGCUCCCAAAGAUCAUCCAAAUUGUAA